UAAACAUAGCGGACAACAGCAACGUUCUACAUAAGCAAAAUGGCUAAAAUGAGAUUCGACGUUACAAAGAAUGAGGGACAAUGUCAAAGGCGCUGAUCCCUAUUGUUGAAAAUAAUACGACAAUGAUAAUAACGACGCGCAGAAUUGAAUUUGGUUUCUCACUCCGCUGACUACUCGCGAAACGACUCGAGACUCCGAAAUAGCAUAUGACUUGGUCUACUCGUGUGAUUCAUAGUUCGGCGCGAUCCAGCCAGCGGUUAGUUGCCGAUGCGAAGCUAUCAGUUGCAUGUAAUCAGUCCGCGGAGAGAGAGAGAGGGGGAGGAGGGAAAGAGAGAGAGACAGAGAUAGAAAGAGAAAAAGAGACAGAGAGAAAGAAGAUACGAGAUUCAUAAUCGUCUCGCUAAAAAUACAUGCAUAACGUAACACGAAGUCUGCAAGAACUUGUCUAUUACAUUUUAUCUCUGCGAAUACUAUUUGCGAUCAUCUAUUAGAAAGCGAUUAUUUAUGCAAUAGUAAGUCGAAAAAGGAAUAAAUUUUGUUACGUUUUCUUCAACUCUAAAAACUCCCAUGCUUACCUAACUGAAUCCAUGCGUAUAAUAUCGAUAAUUAUAUGUAUUUUUUCUUUUUUUCUCUUUAUAACAGCAAAUUACGUGAUAAACUUUUAGCUAACGAAAACGACACCAUUGACACCAAUUAAAUUCACUUUUAAUCAGUCGCGGUUCGAGAAUUACUACACGUAUCUCUACACAGCAUACUUAUUAUUUCUGUUUGACAUUAAGCGCAAAUGCCGCAACGCGAUAUCAGCGGUCUAACCAGUUUUCCCAAGAACUCGAGGAAUUUCAUCCAAUUCUGAUCCGUCUCCUCUCGCGAUCUUGCAUUAAUUCUCCUCAGUUUUCCACGAAGCGGGCAGCGCUGUUGUGCCUACGAUCGCAAUCUUAUCUAUAUAAAAAGACGGAACAAAAGGAGAGAAACUAAUUACGACGGGGGUGGCGACGCCUGCGGCACGUCCCUGACGCCGCAAGUCCGCGGUGACGACGGACGACUGUGCUGUACUGUAUAUUGUACUGUACUGUACUGUAUUCUACUGUACUGUACUAUGCUGUAUUGCGCUGCGUUGUGCCGUGGUGUGCGUAGGUUUGCUGCUCCGGGUGCUCACAUACGCAGACACAUAUAGACGUACGUAUCUACGAUGCCCCACACACACAUAUAUAUAUAUAUAUAUAUCGGCACUAGCCGUCGCUCGACGCAAGCAUCGUCGUCUCGCGCGCACAAAGUGCAUCCGUCUGUGAGCGUCGUGAGCGCGUCCCGAUGAGAAACCGCGCGCGUAUCCGAGCUACGCGGAGGCGGACGCAUGCUUACGCACAUACAUACUGCGUGAUGUAGAUCUUACCAUUCUCCCUAUUACGAGUUGCGUGGUUUUCAAUCUCACACGCAAAAUCGAAAAUCGCAUAAGAACACCUCCAAUUAUCAUGGUAUGACGUACAUGACGCGGUGUGUACGUGGAUACGUAUAUACGCGGGGUGCUAGCAACUGUCAGUGACGUGCGAGCGUGUGCGAGUCGUCUCUUUUUCUCUCUCUGCGCUAUGCGCGCGCGUGAGCAUAAGUGAGUGAGCGAGCGCGCUCGUCGGUUCCUCGACUCGCUCGGCGGAAUGGGUCGGCGGAACGUGUGCGUGCAUGUUCGCGGAGAUACGCGACGAAGAAGUAGAAUCGUAGGAGAAGGUAGUGGUCGGUAAAAGGUGGAGGUGGAAGAGGAGAAGGAGAGACACAACGUUGUGGUCGUACAACAGUGGUAGUAGUGAUAGCAAUAGUAGUAGUGUGUAGUAGCCACCGCGUUGCGGACGGACGACGUGUUCCCUCUGUGUAUUAAUACGUACGCGUGUGUGCAUGCGCGGACGCGCGCGCGUGGUAGGUUGGCUGGCUCGGUUAUACGCGACUCGGCUGGUCGCGGGCGGUUCAGUUGAGCAACCGAGUCCGUACACGCGCGCAACGACGAACGGUGCGGUGCGGUGUACGGUGUGUAGUGUACGCGCGCGACCGAGAGAGCGAGGAAAGAUUCAUCGAUAGUGAAGGCGGUGGGGGACAAAGGGAGGCACUGCGAAGCGGAUCAUCGCGACACGUCGAGACGCGGCGACGGCGAUGUCAAUAAUUCGGUGCCGGCUCGCUGCUCGCUCGCGUUUCCGACCUGCGACGACGACGACGACGACGACAUUGUCGUCGUCGUCGUCUUCUUCAUUGUCGUCAUUGUCUCGGCUAUGCUGUUCUCCCGGUCGGUAAAGACCCGCGUACUGCAGCCGUGUCCGCCUCACUUCGUGACGCGACGUGACGCGCUUCACGUGUACGCGAAAGUGCAUCGGAAAACAGAAAAAGACGACGAGUUGCCUCGCUACCACGCUGGAACACGACGCAGCACCGAGAGGAACAUUCAGUGGAGACGCGAAACAAUUAAAGAGGAGACGAGUGUUUGCCUAAAAAGAGAAUUUUCGGAGGAGGAUGCUCGGCAGUUGGGGCUGGGAAGAAGAAUUGGAGUUGGGAGAGGGUACGACAGCAGCCCCGUCGCAAGAGAGACAAAGACGAGAGAGCCCAGACUCGACGCAUCCUGUCCCCGACAGCCGGGUGCUGAGGUAUGCACCCAGCCGGUGUCACCACCCUCCCAGCUACAACUCGCCACAUUUCAGCACGCAGCCUCCUCUCGACUGUACGGACUAGCAGCGUGAGGUGGCCAAAAUGCUGACUGCUCACACUGAGAUGCACGAUAAGCGAGAUAGUCUCGGGGGCGGGCAAUAUGGGACAGGCGGGGGUGGUGGCGCUUCGAUUGAAGAGAAAUCUAUUCCGAAACAACCACCCCCGCCACCCGCACCACCGCAACGAGACCCGUCGGAUCCAACUAUCAGCGCAAAGAAGCUUCCAAAGAAACGAAAAUUCGAUCCAUCCGAGCUCGAGGAGAUGGACAAAACCAGCAAUAUCACCAGCAACAUCAACAACAUGGUGAAUAUACGCGCGCCGGGCAUGUCGCUCGGCCAGCCGACUUUAGGUCCGCAAUCGAACUUACUAACCACCACCACCCGACAGUCACCGCAACAGCAAGAGUCCGAUUGUUAUCAGGUAUCUUCAGCCCAUUCAGUAGUGGUGUUACCUCCUCAAAGCACGGCGGUGGAUUAUUCUCUUCGCGAGGAACCGUUACGUUCUCGUCCUCGACCUGCAACCGUUGUUAUUGAUCUCAGUGAAUGGCGCGACCACAGAGUGUUAGCUUUAAGGGAUUCAUGUUAUUAUCCAGGUGUAAUACGUAAUGUCGGGGAGGCUCACGGAGAGAUUCUCAUUGAGUUCGACGACAAGAGAAAACAAGUGUAUAGUGACGUUCUGGGUGCCGGGAGAUACGACGUGAUAGGUGACGCGAGCCCAUCUCUAGGGCAAGUGACAUUGGAUGCGAGAGUUUGCAUUAGACAAACUGUCAUGCAUCCAAUCACGAACAGUCACGUGGACGCGAGCAAUGUAGACGCGGGUCACGUGGAUCCGAGCCACGUAGACGCGGCGAAGGUGUUUGUUAAGGGGACAGUGUGCAAAAUAUUAACGAAGCCUUAUCGUUUUGUUGUGAAAGUACCGCGGGAGGACGAUCAGAAUGAUAGUUACCUUGUGAAGCGCGCGGACUUGCGACUAGUGCAACCAUUAUGGGCGGAUGAGUUGGAGGAGGGGCUGGAGGAAUGCGAUCCUUCGAGGAUUGAAACUAUUGAUCACGGGUAUCGCAAUGCCACGGAAGCUCCGACAGCAGUGCCAAUUUUGCAAAUCCAUCACACUUCUCAUCACGCAUCGCAUAUAUCGUCUCAUAAUGACACGAGCUAUUAUAGAACGACCGGCACCAGUCCUCUCAUGACCUUAGGCACUUCUGCGCACUCUGCCAGUACUGCGUUAAGUAACGGCAGCCGGGUGUACGACGAUUUAGAAAGCGAGGACGACUUAGACAGAGAAGAUAUUACAUUUCCUUCGGACGCAGAUGCAAAAUUGUCAGGAAGCAGCAAAAGAAGCAGUAUGCAGAGCCGAGGAAGUACCAGUAGCCUAGUUGAACAACGUAGUAUAACGCCUCGUUCUCAGGCAGCCACACCCAGAUCUCAGGCGGCAACGCCACAUAGGUAUAAAAAGGGUGAUAUAGUGGUUACACCGAGCGGAAUUAGAAAGAAAUUCAACGGGAAACAAUGGCGCAGACUUUGUAGCUCUUCCGACGGAUGCCGCAAAGAGAGUCAACGAAGAGGCUACUGUUCUCGUCAUCUUAAUUUGAAAGGAUCUGGCCUUAGAGGCCCGACGAACACGAUUCCUGGUGGCAAAAUGGACGGCGAAGAAACGUCAAGAGAUUCCGACACUUCGCCGAAUUACGGUGACAGAAGAAUAGCGGGUAGAUUCGAUCAAGAUGAAACUGAAGCUGCUAAUAUGCUCGUGUCUCUGGGGAGCUCCAGAUCGGCUACGCCAGCUUUCUCGUCACCGACAGGCCAGUCCUCUAUAUCGCCAUGCAUAAACCAAUCACCGGUACCGCCGCUGGGACUCAACCAGAACAACGUAUUCAUGCCCAUCUCAAGUCCCGCUCAUCACGCGACACCCCUGAUUUCGCCUGGCGCAAAGUGGAAGCAUUCGCCCACGCAGUCGAACUUCUUGGUGCAGUAUCCGCAGCAGGUGAUCAAACCUGAACCGAAUCGGGUGGUCCGAUCAAACAGACCAGCCCCGACGGCGCCUGUCCCCGCGAGUAUGGGGACAAGCGUGAUAAGAAUCUCCCCGGUGACUCGCGCUACCAUACCUGGACAGAAUCUGACUCUGCCAUGGUCGGAGCAGAGUCCGCCACCGACGAGACACCCUUCGGUAGUCACGUCUAUCGCCCAGCAACAGCAAGGCAUAAUCCUGCAGCACGCGCUGCAAGCGUCGAGCAGCGACUUUGCCAAUCACCACACCGAAAUGGCCGAGCAAAACACGCAACUGAUCAAACCGUCGCACUCGCCGCACAUGACGUUGCCGACACCGACGCCGCAAAACUUGGCGCUCAUACAUAAGCCGUUGGAGCAACCGGUUGAUUACGCGCAGCCGCAGCCGCAAAACCAACCAAUUUACGUGAUGCAGCAUCAGCACGAGAAGAAGCAUCAAUACGUCGUGAUCAAGAACAGCAUGGACGGGCCGGCAGCUGCGCACGUCAGCAAUCAGGAGGACAAAUAUCGACAGGGCCUGAUUAAUCACAUGGGCCCACUGUCGACGUUCAACCAAGUUCAAUGCCAGCCGCCUCAGUCAUCCGCGGUUUCAUCCGUCCACAUCGACAAACUGUCCGUUUUGCAACCUGUGAAUAAAGUGGGGACGCACGCUACCGUGCAUAUGGACAUGCAGAGAAAUCAGCCACCGCCUACGAGCGUUGUGAUGACAUCCACCACAGAAGCAUCCGAUCCGUCUACUCCGACAAGCGUCUUCCAGCACGUAAUUGUUCAGUCCGGACAUUUGGUGCAGAUUCCUAAGGCCCAGCCCGCUAGAGAAGAGAAUGUGAAGAACAACGGUAUCCUCUAUGGCAGCCACGAAGUUUCUCCUGCAUACCAGCCCCAUCCCCCAUCAUUACUGAACAAUGCAGUGCGCAACUGGAAAAAAGCUUUUUCCUGGCAGACGACAGUUCUGGAACGAUCAGAGGUGAGCCCUCCUCCUUCUGCUCUGAGCCCACCCCUGAGCGCACCUCCAAUUCCAAUAAGUAUGAGCACUCCUGCUGAAGAUGGCCCUGGUACUGGUUCAGAUCCCAUAAUACCCGCCGAAGAAGAGGAUGAUGACGUUUUUGAAGCAGAACCUACUCCACCCGCAGAAGUGGAAGCUAACACUAAUAAGAGACGCAGUCAGUCGCUCAGUGCUUUGCAAUCGAAGGAACCGCAAAGUCCACUAAAAACUAAAGACAGGAUACGACGGCCCAUGAACGCAUUUAUGAUUUUCUCGAAACGACAUCGCGCUGUUGUACAUCAACGACACCCGAACCAAGAUAACCGCACAGUAUCGAAGAUAUUGGGUGAAUGGUGGUACGCGUUGGGACCAGAGGAGAAACAAAAGUAUCACGAUCUUGCCUCGGAGGUAAAGGAGGCGCAUUUUAAAGCGUACCCAGAUUGGAAGUGGUGUAGCAAGGAUAGACGAAAGUCGUCGACGGGAAGCUUCAAAGGAAGCGAAACCAGGGCAAAGUUAAACAGUACGGGCGAAGAAACAGAUCCCUUACAGAGCUCUUCCUCGGAAGAUCCGCUUGCUGUCGCGCCCGUCGACGAACUGCCCAUACCGAUCACUACUGCGUAUAACGAAGCUCCUCCCACUAAUAUCGAGAUCAUGAACCAGUCGCACACGCAACAUCGAAUCGCAGAGAUUCCAUUACAAGUUGAGAACGCGGAUGUUGAUGUUAAACAAGACGACGACGGGAACGGAUCCGACGACGAUCAGAUGGUUAUUUGCGAAGACCCUCAACCGGAAAUAGACUUGAAAUGCAAAGACAAAUUAACAGACAGUGAUAACGACGUGCAGGACGAAGACGCAGAAAAGAAAUGCUUCAACCAAUCGCAAUUCUCGCCUGUGAGCGGUCAGAAGCGAGAAGCAGUCAAUGUUAAACAGGAAAUAACCUGCAGGCCUAAACCGAUAAAAGCACGGAUACCUUCAACAGGUAUAGAAUCUACAACAAAAUAUCACCAUACUUCCAUGGAUAAAGGCGGUACUGUAUCAGUUUUGUCGAGUACGUAUCCUUAUCACAGUCCUGUCAAUCCAACAGGAGUGUCAGGAUUUCAACCCACCGGCGGCGCUUUCAUAACUAUGCCAAUAUCGCCGAAAGUUAUUAAACCGGAGCCGGUGAAGGGCGAGCAACAAUACAACAAUCAGUACAACAUGAGCAAUCUCGUAAACAUCCAUACUGAAAACGGACGGAACAUGCCUAAGUUCACAGCAGCUCCGGUGUUACACUCUAUUGGAUCGAAACCUAUGAUGGCGCUGUUGAAACAACAGCAGCCGUUGCAGUCGUUAGGCACUACUCUUCGUCCCCUUACUUCAACUGUCCCUUAUCAACCACCGUUCACUCUAACAUUGCUCGAUAACGAUUUGGUGGCUGUUUCCAAACCGCAGCAGGGAUCGCAGUACCUUAACCCGACACCAUCGCACCCCAGGAUGUUCGGUGGAUUCCAGAUACCCAUCUCUGACGCCGGUAAUCGCAACAAUUCUAUAUCCGUGCAAAACUUGGUUCCAAAUAACAAGAUGGAAAUUCAAAGUGUGAUUGUGAGCAAACCCUACCCGGUUUCGACGAAUUCUACCACAUCAACUUACCGAGGGAUUGGCCAUUCCAUUGCCCGCCUUGCGGAAUCUGAGAAUAGUGACAAUCAGCUGGCUACGAAUCACGCUCAGUUUUACGUCAGUAAUGUAAAAACGGAAGAUAGGAAGGAGACCGUGAACAUUGUUCUUCCCACAACCAGUGAUAAGCACAAGCAACCAUCGACGCCUCAUACACCGCAGACACCUCAGAGCAAUCACGGAACUGGUGAUCUGCCAUCAAGUAAAUCGUAUUCGUUCGAUGAGAGCCAGAACAACGACAUAGGACCGAGCAAGGGUCCUUUCAUGCUCGCUCCAACUCCGGCACAACUCGGUCGUGCACCAUUGCAAAGGAGACAAUCAAUGGCACUGCCUCCCGUUUCAAAUGCAGGAGAUCAUGGGCCAAUGACGUCUCAACAUUGUGAUAAUCGACUGCAAACCAAUACAUCUCAAGCGUCAGAGCAGACCCAACAACAAGGUUUAGCAGAAUCUCAUACUUCCCCUUCUCCCUCCGUUAAGAAGGCUUCUUUCUUCAAGAAAAACGUGGAGGAUGGUAUGGACAGAGUACUCGAACAAGUGAACUUUCAAGAGAAGUUUUCGUCAUUGCCGGAAUUCAAACCAGGGGAUAUACAGAGUCCGAGUAUAAACACUCCAGGUUCAUCUAGCCAUAGUAGUGUAGCUUCCGGAUUACAUUCGUCGAAUUUACAAACUUCUAUGCAGAUGCCAGGUUAUCGAAAAAAGUCUGCACAAGGACCUCAUAGGCCCACAAUGAAUGAGGAUGAGAUCGACUCGGACACAUCAAUAUCGGCUACUCCAAAGUCCACCUCAAGCGUCAAGCUAACAGGCAAUACAUUCUUCGGCCCAGAUUUCAAUAUCGAUGCUUAUCGAGCCAACAACGAUCUGAUCGACGUCGAUGCUAGUUCCCCGCGAACGCCAAAAACGCCCAGUGGCGGUGCCGGAAGUGCCGUGGGAAUCGGCAGGAGCGACAACGAGCGCGGUCAUAGGAAAAUCUUGGAGCAACGCAGACAUCUGGUCAUGCAGUUAUUUCAGGAACACGGUUAUUUCCCAUCUACGCAGGCCACUUCCACGUUUCAAGCUAAGCAUUCGGAUAUAUUUCCUACCAAACCGAGCUUGCAAUUAAAGAUUCGGGAGGUCAGACAGAAAAUGAAGGCCAAUUUGACACCGAUGAGUGCUAAUAGCCUUAUUAGUCCAUUGCCAAUCUCCGAGCCUUCACCUGUUGUAACUGGUCCGUUGACUGCUCCUCCAACAUCUAUAGGAGCUCCACAUUCACUGCCUGUAAGCAGUAGUGGUAGCUAGCACCCACGUGCCAACUGUGAUACUAUGCAUCCCCUUACUCCACAACACGAGUACAUCAUUAUCCUUUGAAGAGCAAAGUGUUUACUAGAAAAAUGUCGUUAGUGCACAUCCUCUUCGAAACUUGUAAAGUACUUGCGAAAGGUUUUAGUGCAAUUUUAAAUUUCGAUGAGAU